AUGCUCCCUACAGUACUUGUCCUACUGUUCCUGCAGUUGCUCCGUCCCUCUUCAGCCGUUGACUUCCUCUACACCUCCUUCACCGACGCCGGCGGCGGCGGCGGCGCCGGAGCCGCCCGCCCCUCCAACAUAACCCUCACCAACGACGCCCGUAUCGAGCCGCCAGUCGUCCGCCUCACGAACGACUCGAACCAGUUCUCGAUUGGCCGCGCCUUCUACCCCGCCCGGAUCCCCUUCAAACCCUCGCCCGACUCCACCAACGUGACGGCGUCGUUUUCCACCCAGUUCAUCUUCUCGAUCCUGCCCGACAUUGCCACCAGCCCGGGCUUCGGCCUCGCCUUCGUCAUCUCCAACUGGACCUCCCCGCCCAACGCCCUCGCCGGCCAGUACUUCGGCCUCUUCUCGAACGGGACCGCCGCGGGCCCGCUCGUGGCCGUCGAAUUCGAUACUGGCCGGAACCCGGAGUUCAACGACCCGGACGGCAACCACGUCGGCGUAGAUCUCAACAGCGUCGUCUCCGCCAUGAUCCAGACCGCCGGGUACUACAACUCAUCCGGCGACGGGGGCGCCACUUCUACAUUUGUCCCCCUCGACAUGAGAAACGGGCAGAACAUCCACGCCUGGAUCGAGUUCGACGGCCCGGGGAGCGAGAUCAACGUCACCAUCGCUCCUGCAGGCAUGGCCCGGCCCGCCAGGACCAUGCUAUCCUACCGGAUCCCCGACAUCUCCAGCUACUUCGAUCAGGAGAUGUUCGUUGGGUUCUCAGCGUCGAAAACCCAAUGGGUCGAGGCCCAGCGGGUGCUCGCCUGGAGUUUUAGCAACAUCGGGCCAGCGAGGAACCUCAACACCACGGGCCUGCCUGUUUUCCGGCCUGAGAACUCGGGCUCCCCUGGUUUGGCCCAAGGAGCGAUUGCUGGGAUUGUAGUUGGUUGUGUGGCAGGCCUCUCGGUUGCAUCUUGUCUAAUUUACUGGUUUUGGUGGAGAAGAAGAAAACUGAGGGAGGAGGAAGAAGAUGACGAAAUAGAAGAAUGGGAAAUGGAGUAUUGGCCUCAUAGAUUUUCUUACGAGGAGCUCCACACGGCCACAAAUGGUUUUUCGGAAAAUGAGCUUCUCGGGUCAGGCGGGUUCGGAAAAGUCUACAAGGGAACAUUAUCGAAUAACUCCGAAGUUGCAGUCAAAUGCGUCAACCACGACUCGAAACAAGGAUUACGCGAAUUCAUGGCUGAGAUCUCGAGCAUCGGCCGAUUGCAGCACAAGAAUUUAGUCCCGAUGCGCGGCUGGUGUAGAAAAGGGAACGAGCUAAUGCUUGUAUACGACUACAUGCCCAACGGCAGCCUAAACCGGUGGAUUUUCGAGCGGCCCAAGUCCCUCAUGAACUGGGAGGGUCGAAAAAGGGUCUUAACCGACGUGGCCGAGGGUUUGAAUUACCUUCACAACGGGUGGGACCAAGUUGUCGUGCACCGGGACAUUAAAUCGAGCAAUGUGUUGUUAGAUAAUGAUAUGAGGGGUAGAUUGGGAGAUUUCGGGCUCGCAAAACUGUACACUCACGGCGAAACUCCAAACACAACUCGGGUCGUGGGCACGCUCGGUUAUUUGGCGCCUGAGGUGGUGACUUUAGCAUCACCCACCACGGCUAGUGAUGUGUACAGCUUUGGCGUGGUGGUUUUGGAGGUGGCGUGUGGCCGGAGGCCGCUGGAGACGAAGGUGGAGAGGGAGGAUGAGGAGGUGCUUAUCGACUGGGUAAGGGAUAUGUAUUUGGAGGGAAAGUUGGCUGAGGUGGCAGAUAAGAGGAUUAAAGGGGAGUAUGAAGUGGAGGAGAUAGAGGCUGUUUUGAAGCUGGGGCUGAGCUGCUGCCACCCGGAUCCGGCCCGUAGGCCCAACAUGAGGGAUGUGACAGCUGUGUUGUUGGGGGAAAGGGCGGAGAUGGCGCCAAAGGAGAUGCUGUCUGGGUUGACGCCGGUGGGGAGUGGUGAACAGGAGAAAGUGUUCUUGGAGAAAGAGGUGUGA